GAACUUCGAUAUUUACGGUUAUAGCCAGGCUUAACGUUAUAGCUAAAGUCUGUGGCUGCACUGUCUAGUCUAUGGUUCAAUGUUGUCAUAAAUUGGAAAAUGGCCGCGAAACAGAGUUCAAUGGAACAAGAAGGACAAGCAGCACCCGAUGAUAUUCCUCUGGCGUCCCUGGAGGAAAGCCUUUUGAGCCUAGAAAAGCUUGACCGUGCAUCACCAGAGCUAUGGCCUGAACAAAUGCCUGGAGUGUCAGAAUUCGCACCGCUUCAGAACCCCAACCAGUCACCUCCCGCUUGGAGCAGAGGACUCACAAAAGAAGACGUGGUUGUAAUGCAACAACUAGCAGCUCUUUCAACUAGUGGCCUUAUAAUGGAAGUAAAAAAACUGCAUGACAUGGCAUACCAAUUGGGACUAGAAGAGGCUAAGGAAAUGACAAGAGGGAAAUAUCUCAAUAUAUUUGCAAGAAGAAAUCGGUAGAUCGCUAGUGUAAUUUACUUAGCAGUUAUUCAGGUUAGUCAUAAAGUCGCAGCCUUUUACUCGUUAAUAUCUUUUGGGCUUUGGUUCAUAGUUGCUGUUUCAAUUAGAUAACUCCAACAAAAACUUACAUAGUAUAAACUAAAACCUAAGGUAUAACCUCGACAAGACUGUUUUUGUUAUAACUGUUAUAAUUAAAAUUGGUAGAAGCUA